UGCAUAUAUACCUACAUAUAUAUAUGCAGGUAAACAGUAAAUUUAAGGUUAUGGAGCAGUAUCAGUCGGCGUAUUUUUGAUAUUGUUUGUUGAUGCAUUUAAGUAAAAUCACACGGUAAUUCGCAAUUGUACACAUGUUUGUGCAAACAUUGAUUUAUUGUGAUCCAAGCCAGUGUGAAGAAGUUGUUUAAGUCGCGACAAAUUUAACCAUCAGCCAUGACGAACAUGCUAUACGGUGGUGAUGAAAUUGGUGCUCUGGUCUUCGACCUUGGACACCACUCGUUGCGAGUGGGCUACGCUCAAGAGGAUACACCCAAGUCAGAGAUCCCGUCUGUCGUUGGUAUAGCCGAAGAUGCCGACGGUACUGCUGCCAAGAUUGAGCCCAUGGACGUGGAUGAUAAGAAGCCAGACAACAACAUCACCCAGAGCACUCCCAAGUACUAUGUUGAUACUACAAUUUUGCAUGUACCACGCAAGAACAUGGAGGUGUCUAACUUUAUGAAGGAUGGCAUGAUCGAAGACUGGGAUCAUUUUGAGAAGGUUUUAGAUUAUACUUAUGCAAAAAUCAUUCAGUCUGAUGCUGAAUUCCAUCCAGUAUUGUUCUCCGAGUCUCCGUGGAAUAUUAGGAGCAAGAGGGAAAAACUGACAGAGCUGAUGUUUGAAAAGUACAACGUACCAGCAUACUUUCUUGUGAAAAAUGCUGUACUUGCAGCUUUUGCCAAUGGACGUGCCACUGGAAUUGUCGUUGACAGUGGGGCAACGCACACUUCUGCCAUACCUGUUCAAGAUGGUUUUGUUUUGACACAAGCUAUUGUGAAAUCACCUCUUGGUGGAGAUUACAUUUCCAUGCAAUGUCGACAGUUUUUACAAGACAAUGAUAUUGAUCUAUCUCCUGCAUACAUGAUUGGAAGCAAAGAAGUUGUCAAGGAUCAUGAAAAGCCCAGAUGGGUGAAGAAAAAAAAUUUGCCAGAAGUGACAAAAUCAUGGCACAACUAUAUGGUGAAAAAACUCGUUCAGGAUUUUCAAGCAACGACCCUUCAGAUUUCAGAAACACCCUAUGAUGAGAAAGUAGUUUCAACGAUACCAGCAGUUCCGUAUGAAUUUCCUACUGGCUAUCGACAAGAUUUUGGCACCGAAAGAUUCCGCAUACCCGAAGCGUUGUUUGAUCCCAGCAUGGUUCAGAUGCGCGGAGGAGGUGUAGGCAACACAAUGUUGGGCGUGGGUCAUAUUGUGACAACGAGUGUUGGAAUGUGCGAUGUUGAUGUGCGGCCGGCUCUUUACGGUAGUGUCGUUGUCACAGGAGGAAAUUCUUUUAUUCAGGGAUUUCCUGAACGUCUGAACAGAGAUUUGUCCAUGAGGAUACCAACCAGUUUAAGAUUGAAACUUAUAAGCGCUAAUGGUAGCACUGAGCGUAGAUUUGGUGCCUGGAUUGGUGGAUCUAUAUUGGCAUCUAUUGGAACUUUCCAGCAGAUGUGGAUAUCAAAUCAAGAGUACGAAGAAAGUGGAAAGAGCCAAGUGGAUCGAAAGUGUCCGUGAAUUUGUAUAAUUUUACAUGCUGAGGAUUGAAUUUUUUGAUGUAAUGGAAGUAUGAUGUGAGACAUUUUUUAAUGUUUACGACUGACAUGAAAUUGUAUUUUUAAGUAAUUAUUAUACGAAAACAGUGGAAUUUUCAUUUUGAAAGUUCAAAUAAACAAAGAUUUUAUAGUAGCUUAA